AUGGAGGGUAGGAUUUUAUUAGUUUGGAAGGCUGAUCAAGUUUCCCUUAGUAUUCUUCAGGAAGAUGAUCAAUACAUUCAUUGCUUUGUGAAGAUUAAGGGUGUUAUUCAGAAGUUUUGUUUGACCCUUGUUUAUGGUCGGAAUUCGGUGGAGGAGAGGAAAAGUCUCUGGACUCAGUUAUCUUUACUUGAGUUUCCAGUGCUUCCUUGGUUAGUAGUUGGAGAUUUUAAUGCAGUUUUUUACUAUGAUGAUCGUAUUGGUGGUCGCCCUAUUACUGAGAUGGAAUUGGAAGAUGGUCAUCAUUGGAGGGUCUGUUUUAUGUUGGCUAAGUUGCGCUCGAGUGGUUCCCAUUACACUUGUUCUAAUAAACAAAUGGAAGGAACAAGAAUUUUCUUUAAAUUGGACAGAGUUUUUAAUAAUGAAGCUUGGAUAGAUGAUUUUCCUGAUUCUGAAGCUCGUAUUAACUGGGAUGUCAUCUCUGAUCAUUGCUAUUGCUUUAUAAAAACUGUUCCUAUUCAGAUUUUAGGGACUAGACCUUUUAAAUAUUUUAAUAUGUGGGCAGAUCAUCAGGAUUUUAGAAACACAGUGCUUUGUAAUUGGUCUAAACCGAUAGCUUCUUCUGGUUCGCAGCAGAUUGUUAAGAAAUUAAAGCGGUUAAAACCUGUUUUACUUCAGUUCAACAAAGUGAAAGUUGGAGAUGUAGCUAAGAAAAUUUCUGAAGCUAAAAUUAAAUAUCAGCAAGCCCGGCUUUAUUUGCAAGAGGAUCCUUCUUCGAUUUCUCUUCAACAGGCUGAAAAAGAGGCUUGUUUAGAGUUUGGCUGUCAAUCUAGAAUGUAUGAGAGUUUUCUUAGGCAAAGGAGCAAAAUCACUUGGCUUAGAUUUGGAGAUGAGAAUACUCCUUAUUUUCAUGCUAGUCUAAAGCAGCGGAAACUUGGUAAUCGGAUUACUUCUUUCAUGGAUGAUGCAGUUUUAACUCGGAUAGAGCAAGAGUGCUUCUCUCAAGGGGUUGUUUUGAACCUGGAGCAGCAACUUGGAUUAAUAAUGCCUUUCACCAAGAAGGAUGUUAAGAAAUCUUUAUUCAGUAUUCACUCAAUUAAGAGCCCUGACCCAGAUGGAUAUGGUUCGGGCUUCUACAAAUCUUUAUGGAAGGAUAUAGGGGAUGAAAUUUUAGAGGCGAUUCUAACUUUCUUUGAUCGAGGAGAGCUUCCACAUGAGCUUAAUAAUACAAUCAUAUCCCUUAUUCCUAAGCUGGCUAAAGUUCUUCCUAUGAUUGUUCAUCAAAACCAAGGAGCUUUUAUUCAGAACUGUUUGCUUGCGCAUAAUAUUCUUAUCCUCCAAGAUCUCCUUAAAGGUUAUACUAGGAAGAAUGUUUCUCCUCACUGCUUGAUAAAAAUUUAUCUUAGCAAGGCUUAUGAUUCCCUUGAUUGGGUUUUUUUGGAGGAUAUCCUAAAAGGUUUUUGUUUCCCUAGCAGAUUUAUUCAGUGGAUUAUGACUUGUUUGACGGGUACCUCUUAUACCCUUUUGAUGAAUGGGAGGUUUCAAGGGGGUUUUGGUGGGAGGAAAGGUUUAAGACAAGGAGACUCGAUCUCCCCCUUGCUGUUCGUGCUUGCCAUGGAGUAUCUCACUCAUCUUAUUAUUCUUGUUACUCAUGACAAGGAGUUCAGAUUGCAUCCCAUGUGUAAAAGUUUGCAUCUUUUCAAUCUUUGUUUUGAAGAUGAUCUUAUCUUGUUUUGCAAGGGCAAUCUUAGAUCCAUGCAAAUCUUGUUUGAUGGUUUUACCAAGUUUAGUCAGGAUUUUGGUUUUUCUGCCAACUUGACUAAAUCUCAAGUUUAUUUUGGUGGAAUUUCUGCUAAAGAGAAGAAUAGUAUUAUGAAUUAUGUCAAUAUUGAAGAGGGUUAUUUUCCCUUAAAAUACCUUGGUGUCACUCUUCAGCCUACCAAAUGGAAGGCAGCUGAUUUUGGUGUUAUCAUUAAAAAAAUUCAAAAUCGUCUUCACACUUGGUCAAGUCAUCAUCUGCCUUUUGCUGGGAUAUCUCAACUGACCCACUCUGUUUUAUUAGGUAUUCGAACAUAUUGGAUGAGUAUUCUUCUCCUGCCUCAAAGUGUCAUUCAUGAAAUUGAUCGGCUUUGUCAGACUUUUUUAUGGGGAGCUAAGGGUAAUCGCAGUAAGCUUCACUAUUCUUCAUGGGAACAGGUUUGCUUACCUAAGAAUAUGGGUGGGAUUGACUUAGAGGCCUCGUCAUUCAAUGGCAAGCUGAAUCUGAAGUUUCUUUACAGCCAUUUGCUUCAAAGGGGUUCGGUGUCUUUUGCUAAGGGUGUGUGGUUUAAGAUUUCAGUCCCGAAGCAUCGUUUUAUCCUGUGGCAAUCGGUUCUUGGCCAUCUGCUAACUAGGGACAAUUUAUUGCACUGUCAUGUUCCUAUGGUUUCCACUUUAUGUCCUGUUUGUGAGCGUGUUGAUGAAUCUCAUGCGCAUCUGUUCUUUGAGUGUCUUUUCUCCCAAAAGUUCCUGGUUCUCAUUAAAAGAUGGUUAGGCCCAGCUCUUUGGCCAGUCAAGUAUACUGAGUGGCUGUAUUGGAUAGAAGGGAAGCCUAAAGGGAUGCUUCAAAGGAUAGAUGUUGCUUCUUUGGCUGCAGUAGUUUAUUGCAUUUGGUUUAAUCGAAAUUCUUGUAUUUUUGCUCAUUGUUCUUUGUCUGCUCAUCGAAUUGAUCGUAUGAUUAGACUGUGUUUGAAAGCUAGAUUGUUUAGUAUCACGAGUCAGAAGUUGCAGGUUAAGGAGAAGUUUCUAGUUGAUUUUGUAAGGAAUCUGUAA